GCGAGAAGAGAAGGGGGAGGGGAUAAGGAGUGACGGCUCUCUCUCUGUCUCUCUCUCCUCUCCAUUUCACACAGGCAGGCUCGCAGGGCUUGCUGCUUGCUGCUCACUGUGCCAAGUGUUUUAUUGCCACAACCCAGCCAAGACAGGUCACUCUGACGAUGGCAGAGCCCAGCACGCAGCCCCGGGUCUACUUCCAGUCGCCGGGCAAGGAAGGGGAGCCACAGACUCAGAGGAAGCUGGGCAAGUUCACGGUGCGAUACGACAGGAAAGAUCUACAGAGGAGACUGGACAUUGAGGAGUGGCUGGAUUUCCAGCUCCACCAGCUAUAUGGAUGCGAGGAGGAAGAAAUCCCAGAACUGGAGAUUGACAUUGAUGAACUGCUAGAAAUCUCAGAUGAAGACCAACGCUCCAAACUCCAGGAGAUGCUACACGAAUGCUGUAAACCCACAGAUGAUUUUAUCAAUGAGCUGCUGAUUAGAAUAAAGGGCCUUCGGAAAAUGUCCGUCUCGCAGAAGAAAUGACAGUGGGGUCAAGCACGGAAAAACAGAAUUGCAGUAGCGGAGGCGAGCGUGUGGUCAGACAAGCCCUGCUCCAAUCUGUCACACAAAUUACACCCUUUUUUGGUCAAAUGAAAAGGAAGAGGACCAAUUGCAAGACCAAAAUCUCUGAAGCAUCAUGUGCUGGGGGAUUGAAGCCCACAUAUUUGUAAAAAAAAAAACGGAAAACGAGCAAAAUAUGUUUGUGGUUAUUUAUGACUUUUUUUGUUAAAAGCGUUAAUAAAUGAUGAUGUUUAAGUGUA